UUUAAGCGAUACAAGACGCCAUAUUGCUCUCAGCUGGACUCGGGAGUUUGCGUGAAGGAAAUAAUAAUACCUAGCUACACCUAGGCGUUUCUGACAUUAUUCAUCUUAAAUGGACGAGAUGGCAAGCCCAGGGAAUGACCGAAUGAAGAGUUACAAGAACAAAGCGCUGAACCCACAGGAGAUGCGCCGGAGGAGAGAGGAGGAGGGGAUCCAACUCCGCAAACAGAAGAGAGAAGAGCAGCUGUUCAAGAGGAGGAAUGUGUGUGUGCCCUCGGGCGAUGAGUCCAUGUUAGAAUGCCCUAUCCAGGACCCCGACAUCAGCUCCACUGCACCAGUCUCAGGUGAAGGUGUCAUAACUCCAGAGAUGAUCCAGAUGAUCUUCUCUGAGGAUCCAGACCAGCAGCUGAUCGCCACACAGAAAUUCAGGAAGUUACUCUCCAAAGAGCCCAACCCUCCCAUCGAUGAGGUCAUUCUCACCCCAGGGGUCGUCAAUAAGUUUGUGGAGUUUCUCAAGAGGAGUGAGAACUGCACUCUUCAGUUUGAGGCAGCCUGGGCCCUGACCAACAUUGCCUCUGGGACCUUCCUGCACACCAAGGUGGUUAUCGAGACGGGAGCCGUGCCCAUCUUCAUCGAGCUGCUCAACUCGGACUACGAGGACGUCCAGGAGCAGGCCGUGUGGGCCCUGGGGAACAUCGCUGGGGACAACGCAGAGUGCAGAGACUACGUUCUCAACUGUGGCAUCCUGCCCUCCCUACAACAGCUGCUGGCUAAAUCCAACCGUCUCACCACAACUAGGAAUGCUGUAUGGGCUCUGUCUAACCUGUGUAGAGGGAAGAACCCCCCUCCCGACUUCACCAAGGUGUCUCCCUGUCUGAGUGUGCUGUCCAGGCUGCUGUUCAGUAGUGACCCAGAUGUGUUGGCAGAUGCCUGCUGGGCCCUCUCCUACCUGUCUGACGGACCCAAUGACAAGAUACAGACCGUCAUCGACUCUGGUGUCUGCCGCAGACUGGUGGAGCUACUCAUGCACAGUGACUAUAAGGUGGUCUCUCCUGCGCUGCGUGCUGUGGGAAACAUAGUGACAGGCGAUGACAUUCAGACUCAGGUGAUUCUGAACUGCUCGGCGUUGCCAUGCCUAUUACACCUGCUCAGCAGUCCCAAGGAGUCCAUCAAGAAGGAGGCCUGCUGGACUGUGUCUAACAUUACAGCUGGGAACAGAGCACAGAUCCAGACGGUGAUAGAUGCCAACAUCUUCCCAGUGCUGAUAGAGAUCCUUCAGAAGGCAGAGUUCCGCACCAGGAAGGAAGCAGCGUGGGCUAUAACCAAUGCUACCUCUGGGGGCACUCCUGAGCAGAUCAGGUACCUGGUUAGUCUGAACACCAUCAAGCCCAUGUGUGACCUGCUGACAGUGAUGGACAGUAAGAUAGUGCAGGUGUCACUGAACGGCCUGGAGAACAUCCUGAGACUGGGAGAGCAGGAGGCCAAGCAGAACGGCACUGGCAUCAAUCCUUACUGUGCCCUCAUAGAGGAAGCCUAUGGUCUGGACAAGAUAGAGUUCCUGCAGAGCCAUGAGAAUCAGGAGAUCUACCAGAAGGCUUUUGACCUGAUCGAGCACUACUUUGGUGUGGAGGAGGAGGACGCUAGCAUCGCCCCACAGGUGGACCAGAACCAAGGCCAGUUCAUCUUCCAGCAGCAGGAUGGGCCCAUGGAGGGCUUCCAGCUCUAACCACCACUUGACCUUUGACCUUCACCCCUCUGAGUAUCUACUACUAUCACCCCAGAGAGUCCAGUCUCCAUAGGGCUGUUUUAGACCUGAACAGAUGACACUACCCAAUCGCUCCUCUCUCACUGGACCCACCUGCUCCACCUCUCUCUCCAAAUCUUCCUCUCCUGCAAGGCUAGCCUUGCCACGCCACCCUAUCUGGAAAGAGCGAGAGCGAGCACGAGAGAGCCUGACUGACUGAAAGACUGACUGACUGAGGACAGCUCAUUCUUAGUGUUUGAGACUUCCUGGAUCUGUAUGAAUAUGAAAGAAAGAGUUGGCUGAUAUUUUGUCUUACUCCCUAAAAUGUUUUUAUUUUAUUUUAUCAUUAUUUCCUGUGAUAUUAUUAUAAUACAUUAUUAUUAUUAUUACGACACUGGUGUCUCAAUCGUCCUCCAUAUCUCCUUUUUAAAUGUGAAAUGACCUCUUCAGUCUUCAAAAAUAUAACAAAAGAUAUGAACACAUGAAGCAUUUGACUGAGGAUUCUCUGGAUUUCACCAGAUAGUCCAAACUAUCCCUACUAGUGUCCGGAAGAGGUUUAGUGACUGUAUCAGCUCAUUUCCUCACUUGUACCCUUUGACCAGAGCUGAGAGAACGGUAGGCUACAGACCGCCUACUGUUUUCGUUGGGAGGAUGUACAUUGUGUCAAGAUGAUAAUGAUGAUGUGUGUAUUCCAGUGACAUAUUAUUUAAGUUGGAAAGCAGCUGCACAUCUCUUUCUCUGGGGUCUCUCUUCAGUGUUGAAAUGGACUAUGGUUGACCUGGAGAUUCCUAAUCUUAUUUAUUCCGUUGAAAUGUCUUUCUGCUAAUUUGAGAGAAAGAUGGUCAAAAACUGUCAUUAUCAUCUUCUCUCCACUCCUUGGCCCUGGCUGCAAUAUUAACGUUAGAAUAACAUCAGGACACCAGUUGCAUCGAACUGACUGCAGUAAUGUAGAUGCAUUGUGUAGGGCAGCACUGCAUGUAACUUGCUGCAUUAGUCAGCAUAGCGUUUAGCCAGGCUUAUGCUUAUCUGUAACAACGUUACGGUAGGAUUGACACAACGUUAGGGCAACGUUGAGGAGUGUUCUGCUUGUGUGAGUGCUCCUUAUUGAAGCGCCGCCAGCAGGCCACAGUACAGGACCAGACGGGUUAGGUUCAGUGACUAGCGUCUGUCGUGUGAUGCAGUGUCUGUAACAAUCUCCAGGUGAAUAAAAACACAGGCUCUCAGAGUUCUUUUGUAGUUUUUUCCUUCAUCUCACCAUGAGUUAUUAUGAUGUCAUGACUUAUUUGUUUUGCUGCAGUCUUUUUGUUUAAUUGGUGGUGGUUAACUUUGCAUUGGACUUAACGCUAUUGGACGUUGAUAGAAAAUGCUCAGUUGAACUCUAGUGCUUUGUAUAUUAUAUAUACAUGUAAGAAAUUAUAUAGGGGAAAGAAAUACCUACUAAUUGGAAAGGGUGAUUUUAUUAAUUGCAGUAUAAUGUGUUUUCUGACAGAUGCAGUAGUGUUGUACUUAUGGUUGAGUCUUUGCACACUUACCUGUUGCUGCUUUAUUCUGAUCUUCUGUUGGUCAUGUGUUUGUCUCCUCUGGUUCCCAUCAUUUUUAGAACAGCUUCUAGAAAAUGUUUUGUUUUGAACGGCUUCCAGAACAUGUUUUGUUUAGAACUCCUUACGUUUUUAAUUUUUUUUUGUAAAAACUUUAGAUGAACUCUUGAUUGGUGGAGGAAACCCAACCUGGCUAUACUGAACUGCUGAGCUUUUAUUAGUGUGUGUGUGUGACUACAAGCACAGUAUUUCAGCAUUCUACUUUUCUUUUAGUUUUAAACUCAUCACUCCUGAAACCUGGCUCCUUACUUUUGGCAUGUUAUGUUUUUGAAAAUUGUAGUUGCUGUAUACAUUUUGAGUACCAUAUUAAUUGAUCCUAGGACUUGGAAAUUAUAUAUAUAUUUACUUGAGAUGGAAACAGUUUGUAGUGCUACAUUUUGUCAUGCACAUUAAACAAUUUAUAGUUUUCUAGUAUUUCUCAUGUUUGUACGAUUGGAUGAUAUUAUUUUUAUGUUUUAGGUUGAUUUAUUUCUCCUUCAUUUGGGAAUUGUUUUGUUUUGGUUCUGAAACCGAGGCUAAAAGAACUGCUGUGGUAUUCUGUCCAGAAUCCUCUAGUUUAGGUGGUUACCAUAUCAUGCCGCCGUUGUGGUUCUGUUUACUUUAACCCAAUGGACCACAGAGGGCUGUGUGUGAAGCUGGACUCAACAGCUCCUCUCUGUUACUCAUGGAGCUGUUGUCUGGCUCUCUUUUGAUGGGUUAAUGUGGACUGUAAAAUAUUGAAGAAUAAAGAAAUGAAAUAAAAUGAUCUGUUAUACAAGG